AUGCCAGAUAUAUCACGCAAUCGUAUCGAAAUUUGGCGCAGCGAAGUUGAGUCGCAAACAUCAUCGCAAUCGGGUAUAGCAGUGGACAUGGGGUGGAAUGCACCGGUCGUACGACCACAGAGCUUUUGGAGGCGGGUACUCGGAUUGGGAUAUACCGGCAGCGGCAGCGGGAGCGGUUCUGGUCGUGGUAACGAAGUUGUAAAUGGAAGUAGGAGUGGGAGCGGAAGCAGAAGUGGAAGCAGCAGGAGCGUGAGCAUAGGCAGGAAGCUUGGAUUGGUGAAAGGAGAGAUCGAACGAACUGGGAUGUAUACCGUGAAGAUCAGGGGAGAUAAGGAUGAGCUCGAAAGAGGAAGGGACUUGGAGGAGAGAGAGAGAAUCGGAGAGAGGGGUGAAGAAAGUAGUAUGGAGCUUGAUGGUAGUGAGGCAAGUGUGAGGGGUGGGUUGAGGGAAAGAAAAAACAGGUUAGAAAGGGCAGCUAAGCUGUUAGGAAAGAAUGAAGGAACGAGAGAGAAUGGACAGAGAAGUUAG